ACUAUUGAGGACGAACUUAGGGUGGCGCUUAACCUGAGUUCAAGGUCAUGGGUGCUAAACGUCCUCGACGCCGUAAGCCGUCAGUUUCAAAGGCGAAUAGGAAGAGAAACAAAGCAAUGAUUGAACGAAGUCUAAAUUUACUAAAUAAUCAUGCUACGACUUUCCGUAAUGAAUUGAAAACUCAUUCAGAAUCUAACAAAAGAGAUAAGGAGUUGCAAGAUUGCACUGAACUUGUCAACGAAGAAAAUGAGCAAUUCUCUUCUUCCGAACAUCAAAUCGAGGAUGCCGUAGCUGAAUUUUCCCUUUUGAAAUGCCCGUGAUAUACCAUUGUCCCAUUUUGUGCGAUCACAAUAUUCAAACCACUUACAAACAGUGCUUCAAACUUAUUUCUUUUUUCAAAUCGUAAUUCUGACUAUUGAGUCGGUAAACUAUUGCCCAGCCGUCAACCUAUAAAGUAUUCAUCGAAACUGGACUUGUAAAUUGCUCCUUGGAUAUAAAUAUAUACUCCACGAUGUAUUUUAUGUACAUUAAAUCCGUACUACUUUUUCUCUUGACAAUUUUUUGUUUGCAUUUUGCCCUAAUAGAGGUGUUACUCACCGUGAAGCUUUCUGUAUAGUCACCAGGAUCAUGUCCCAAUUAUCGCGCCAGGAUAACAGGAUAUCACUAGAACAUCUAUUAACUGCUAUUCAUUUACGCCCUGUAUGUGUUGGUUACCAAAAUGUAUAUGCAACUUUCACUAACUUGGUUGUGUGGUCUUAAGGAUUACUCUGUUGAGAUAUUUCGACUUUAAAAAACUCUAUGUCGUCUUCUUAAAAUAUCAGGUAUCAUCGGAUCAAAAUAAGAUACCGGUCUUCUUAGUCACCAUCUUUGUUGAAGUAAUGUAAGAUUCAUUUCUAGAAACCACGUGUGUUAAUAACUCUCCCAAUUUUGAAAUGAAAUCCAACCAUUUUAUUGUUUUUGAUAGUGUUCUGUUUUAUCCGUCUUGCCUCUUAGUUCUUGGUAUUUGUCAGACAGUAACUUCAAAACCACCACUGACUAUAGGUCUUAUACAUUUAUGUGAGCGCAAAACUGGCCAUUUUUAGUAAAUCUGUAGUCAUGAGUUUUGUAAUUAGGUAAACUGGAUUAUGCACAAU